AAAGUUUAUGCAAGCUUCGGGAACGAGUUGUCGCUGAGAGGAGCUUGAUCUACGCCCAACAUCAACAACAAUGUCAACAGCACUGCAAGAGAAAAAUAUGAACGGAAAUUCAGAAUUACCAUGUGUGUCUUGGACAGAUGUCAAUAGCAUUGAUGAAUGGUUGAAGACACAACCAUGGCAACAUUUAAAGAAAAAUUCAACAAUGAUGGAUAUUUGAUAAUUGAGAAUAUCCUCAAUGCAAAGGAAGUGGCUGUUUAUCGAGACCUGGUAGAGAAGAUGCUUUCAGGGGAGAUAAAUACGUCUACUCACCGACAUGACCUCGGAAACCAUGCGGACCGGAAGAGAAGUGACAAGGAGAAUAUCUGCCAGAUUAUGUGGCCUAGUCUGUUUGUGGACCACUUGAAUGAGGGUCCCCUCCAUGCACGAACAUCGGCCGUUGCUAAAAUCAUCAUUGGAGACGAUGCUGACUUCGACUUUGACAUGGUUCUCUCUAAGGCUCCUCACACCGACACGGAGACGCCAUGGCACCAGGACGAGUCCUACUGGCCAGCCCUUGAUGACAAGCGUUCCGUCAGCUUCUGGACUGCAAUGGAUGAUGUGUUCCGGGAUUCUGGUUGUAUGUGGUUCUCACCUGGCUCCCACAAAAAUGGUCUUCGAGCUCACCGACCCCAGAAAGAGGGAUGCCAUGUUCUGACCUGUGAAGGCAGCGAGGCGGAGGGCUCCCCUGCGGAGAUCAAGGCGGGGUCGUGCACUCUCCACCAUGGCCGCACACUACAUUACACCCGCGGCAACACCACUGACAACCAGCGUCGUGCCUUCGACACGGCAUUCCGGCCAGCAGACAUGGUCAAGUCCAUGAGAGACAGGGGUUUCGAUCACGGCAAAAAGGGCCUUGCCAUGUCUGGCCUCCUGAAUUCUGGGCAAACCCACAAGGGAGACAAGGUCUAGACACCAUACGGGCUCAUACAAGGAUAGAAAUUAGAACUGGCCUGCUUAGACCAGUUUCACUAACAGUUAUAGUUGGGCUGGUAGAAUUUUUAGGGUGUUGCAAUGUUAACUCUAUUUGAUUGAAACGUAUAAUUUCAUGAAUUUGUACUUGGUCAUCAAGUUGUAAAUAUCUUAUGUUAAAACCACUCCAAAACAAAAAUUCCUAAAGAAUAUACAUGAGAAAUAAGUGAGAAUUAUGGUUUUUUUUCACUAAUUUUAUAUAAGAUGCUUAGCUAGGAUAAUGCAAAUAUAUUGUUGUUUUGGGACUUAAUAUUUUAGAUUUCACAACUUAUUAUGAAU